GGUCUCUGCUGCUUUUUCUGGUCCUCCUCUUGGGGGGUCUCAGCAGAAGAUCCCCCCCCUGCCAUCUCCACCCAGGACUCAUGGGGGGAGUUCUGGAUGGUACGUUUCUUUUUAAAUAUCGCCGGGUAUGGGACAGUACUGAUACCAGGAUAUAUACUCAUACAGUACUUCAAACGCAACAACUACCUGGAGACCGGUCGAGGCAUAUGUUUUCCAGUAAUAAAGUCCUGCGUGUUUGGCCAUGAAUCAAAGUCUUUGGCUCCUGAUGAACCUUCAUCUUCAGCCCGGGUAGACGGUGACCCUAGUACCACCCAGCAGGCUUUGAAACUCCUCUUCUGUGCGGCCGGACUCCAGAUCUCCUAUCUGACAUGGGGUGUCCUGCAGGAGCGUGUUAUGACCCGUACCUACACUGGCUCAGAACCCGGCAGCCCCGGAGAAAAGUUCAGAGACUCUCAAUUCUUAGUGUUCAUGAAUAGGAUCUUGGCCCUGACCGUGGCUGGAAUCUACUGCGCCCUCACCAAACAGCCUCGUCAUGGUGCGCCCAUGUACAAAUACUCAUUUGCCUCUUUGUCCAACAUCCUCAGCAGCUGGUGUCAGUACGAAGCUCUCAAGUUCAUCAGUUUCCCCACCCAAGUCCUGGCUAAAGCCUCCAAGGUCAUCCCCGUCAUGUUGAUGGGAAAGCUAGUCUCCCACAAGAGUUACGAGUAUUGGGAGUAUUUCACCGCUGUCCUCAUCUCCAUUGGGGUCAGCAUGUUCCUGCUGUCCAACGGGGGAGAUUCUCGUCCUUCCGGGGUCACCACUUUCUCCGGAGUGGUCAUUUUAAGCGGCUACAUCGUGUUCGACAGCUUCACGUCCAACUGGCAGGACUCUCUUUUCAAAUACAAGAUGUCUUCCGUUCAGAUGAUGUUCGGGGUCACCCUCUUCUCCUGCCUCUUCACCGUCUUCUCUCUGCUGGAGCAAGGUGGCCUUCAGGAGGCCAUCCGCUUCAUGACUCGCCACCCAGACUUCGCCUUCCACGCCGCCCUCCUCUCCGUCUGUUCGGCUUUCGGCCAGCUUUUCAUCUUCUACACCAUCAACAAGUUUGGGGCGGCCGUGUUCACCAUCAUUAUGACUUUACGCCAGGCCCUGGCGAUUCUCUUGUCGUGUUUGCUGUACGGUCACCCGGUCACGCCGAUUGGCUCGGUGGGAGUGGCGGUGGUUUUCCUGGCCUUAUUCCUUCGUGUCUACGCCCGAAGCCGGAUGAAGAGGAAGGGGAGGAAGGCGGCUGAUAUUGUGGCGGUGCAGAAGGUGUAA